CAGGCCUGUGAUUGGCUGCGGCGGCGGGACGGCGGCGUGGUGGGCGGCUCCCGGCAUGCCCCUCGUCCUUUGGCCGGGGUUGCGGCGGUGAUGGCGGGCGAGAAGAAGGAAAACCCUAUGCGUGAGCUCCGCAUUAGGAAACUAUGUCUGAACAUCUGUGUAGGUGAAAGUGGUGACAGACUCACCAGAGCUGCUAAAGUGCUGGAGCAACUCACUGGCCAGACCCCAGUGUUUUCAAAAGCUCGCUAUACGGUGCGGUCCUUUGGCAUUCGGAGAAAUGAGAAGAUUGCUGUUCAUUGCACAAUUCGAGGGGCCAAAGCUGAAGAAAUCUUAGAGAAGGGUCUGAAGGUUCGGGAGUAUGAAUUGAGGAAGAGCAACUUCUGUAACACUGGGAACUUUGGCUUUGGAAUCCAGGAGCACAUCGAUCUGGGCAUUAAAUAUGAUCCCAGCAUCGGAAUUUAUGGUUUGGAUUUCUACGUGGUCAUGGGGCGACCUGGUUUCAGCAUUUCUGAUAAGAAGGUCAAAAGAGGACGCAUUGGCUCAAAGCAUAAAAUUUCCAAGGAAGAAUCGAUGAGGUGGUUUCAACAGAAAUAUGACGGCAUCCUUCUUCCUGGAAAGUAAUUUGAAGACCAUGUGAAACAUGCAAUAAAGACAAACUAACCGUA